UGCAGGCUGUCCAGGCACUUCGGCUUCCGUACUUUGCGUUCGGACAUUGGUACAGAUAGAGAAGUUUUGUUCGUGCAAGUUGCGCUAGCAGUGUAAGAACGUUGAAGUCGGAGCGAUGUUGACGGCACGCAAAGUCCUGUGGAACGCGACGCGGCUCAUGGAGAGCGUCGCCGCGCCGAAGAGCUUGCAUGUGUCACGGGCCUGCAUCUCCACGGGUCCACAGCAGCAGCAUGGAACGUUCUACGAGUUCCGCACGUACUGCAUCUAUCCGCACCAGAACGCGGCGUUCUUGCGCCUCACCAACGAGAAGAUCCACCUGCGCACUGCGCACUCGGAGCUGCUGGGAUACUGGAGCGUGGAGUACGGCGGCCUCAACCAGGUCUUCCACAUCUGGAAGUAUGACAGCUAUUCUCAGCGGGCAGGGGUGCGGGCAGCCCUAGCUCAGGACCCCAGCUGGUUGGAGCAGUACAUCUCCAAGGCCAUCCCCAUGCUCUCCUCACAGGACAACGAGGUCACCUACCUGGUACCCUGGAGCAAGAUCCAGCGGCCACCCAAAGAAGGAGGUGUGUUUGAGCUGACUUCGUUCCAGAUGCGUCCAGGCGGCCCAUCGGUGUGGGGUGCGGCGUUCCAAGCUGCGGUCAGCGCUCACGCGGCCGUCGGCUACGCCUGGCCCGUAGGGGUCUUCCACAACGAGUUCGGACCAAUGAACCGCGUGCAUGUUCUUUGGUGGUAUGAAGGGGCAGAUCAGCGUGCAGCUGACAGACACAAAGCUCAUGGGGACCCUCGAGUGGUGGCCGCAGUGAGGGAGAGUGUGUCUUAUCUGGCGUCCCAGCAGAAUAAGCUCAUGUUCCCCACAUCGUUUUCCCCCAUGAAGUGAGGUCACCCCCCAACGCCCCGCAUCCCCAAACCCAAUGCCCCUUUAUCCCACUACCCCUUUACUGCCCCUUACCCUGCCCCACUAC